AUGCACGAUCUCACUUCUACAUUCGUCUCUCGUUCCCUCUUCCCGACCACUUCUCCGCAACUUCGACUGCGACCACGAUCAUCAUCAGUAGUUCCCAUGACCGUUUGCAUGGACAAACAACGAAAGGAGAAAGUAGUUGUCAUAAUGGGAGCCACCGGGACAGGCAAGUCACGGCUCUCUGUCGAACUAGCAACCCGUUUCUCCGGAGAGAUCAUCAAUUCUGACAAAAUGCAAGUAUACAACGGAUUGGACAUAGCCACGAAUCAAAUCACAAUCCUUGAGAGAUGUGGAGUCCCUCACCAUCUUCUCGGCCAUCUCCCUCCGGAUUACGGUGAACUAACCGCCUCCAACUUCCGCUGUUUAGCCUCACGGUCAAUCUCCGAUAUUGCUUCACGUGGAAAGCUCCCCAUAAUAGCCGGCGGAUCAAACUCUUUCAUUCAUGCCCUCCUUGUCGACCGUUACAACCCUGAAACCAAUCCAUUCGUUUAUGGAUCGUUGGUUUCUUCUGAUUUGAGGUACGAUUGCUGUUUCCUGUGGGUUGAUGUGUCGGUCUCGGUUUUGUACCAUUACCUCUCAACACGUGUGGACCAGAUGAUGGAGUCAGGGAUGUUCGAGGAGCUAGCUGGUUUCUACAACCCUAGAGAUAACCGAACCGGGAUUUACAAGGCCAUAGGAGUACCGGAGUUUGACUGGUACUUCCGAGUCUACCCGCCCGAGAAUAAUAAUAACGACAAGGCUUGCGAGUGGGACACAGCGAGAAAGGCGGCGUACGAGGAAGCAGUGCAGGAGGUCAAAGAGAACACGUGGCUGCUUGCGAAGAAGCAGAUAGAGAGGAUCAUGCAGCUGAGAAGCAGCGGUUGGGAGAUUCAGAGGCUGGACGCUACGGGGGCGUUUAAGGCUUCCUUGAGAGAUGAGGUUUGGGAGAAUAACGUUUUGGAGGAAUGCGUCAAGAUUGUGAAACGCUUCUUGCUCAAAGACUAG